UUGAUUGUAUACACCUGUGUCCAUGGAGGGGAUUGGAGCACCUGAAUCACAGGAUAUGGAGGGGAUUGGAACACCUGAAUCACAUGAUUGGGAGGGGAUUGGAACACCUGAAUCACAUGAUUGGGAGGGGAUUGGAACACCUGAAUCACAUGAUAUGGAGGGGAUUGGAACACCUGAAUCACAUGAUAUGGAGGGGAUUGGAACACCUGAAUCACAUGAUAUGGAGGGGAUUGGAACACCUGAAUCACAUGAUAUGGAGGGGAUUGGAACACCUGAAUCACAUGAUAUGGAGGGGAUUGGGACACCUAAAUCACAUGAUUGGGAGGGGAUUGGAACACCUGAAUCACAUGAUUUGGAGGGCGGGGACAAUACUUUUGGCAAUAUAGUGUUUAUA